CUCAUAACCUUCUCUUAACGCGACCUGGGCCGCUCAUAAGCGACCAUCCAGCCUCGGCUCGCACGGACACAACCGCUCGGGUUCAAGAUGUUUUUCUGGUGUUGUGUCGUCCUCUUCGCCUCGGCCGGUUGGUCGGUGGACGCCGCGGAAGGGAUGACGGGUGAGCCGCGCGCGGUGCCGGUGAACGACACCGAGGUUCUGAGGGCGGCUCAUUUCGCGGUGUCCGAGUUCAACGCGGAACAGCGGGUUGCUUACAAGCUCGUGAGCAUAAAAUCGGCCAAAAUUCAGGUCGUCGCGGGAGUAAACUACAUCUUGGAGGUGCUGCUGGGACGCGCGAAGUGCCAGAGCCUCUCCGCCGCUCACACGGAGCCCUGUUUUUUCCGCUUCAAACACAACGAACUUCGGUGCCGCUUCGUCGUGACGGAAAUGCCCUGGAACGGUUCUCGCGCACUUACCAAAAAAAAGUGUCGCCCAUCAAAUUGAUUUUUGCUGCCGUUGCCAAGUGAAAGUCCAUCUCAUCCGAAGGCAGCACCACAACAUGCUCCCAGAGCACGGCUCUUAUUAGGAUGAAUGAUGCACCUUGCAGAAGGCUGAUAUGGCGUGAUUGCAUAACCAGAGAGGGGUCAUUACCAUUUGACCCCUGCUGACCUUCUUCUUGAUUGACCCUGGGUUUGGUCACCGCUUCAGAGCACAGGCAGGAGUAUAAGGUCAGAGUUCAAAGUAUCAUCAGCUGUGCUGCCUUGGAAACAACGGCGUUUACUCCUCUCAUGGUCAGUUUUAAUCUAAGGAAAGUGGGUAAUUUAAAAUGUUUUAUUUGCCUUGAUUUUGUCUCAACUUUGAAAGGUUUGGUUUUUACUUAUUUGUAAUGC